AUGUCAAAGCUCGAGGCUUCCAAAGCUCGUUUAUUCACUAAAUUUAUAGUUUUCGCUCAAUUUGUCAACUUUUUACUGAUUUUUGGAGUGUAUCUUCAUGCUUACAACAAUUUACAGGUAAUUUUGGGUUUUUAACGCAUAAAUAUAGCAUUUUAAUUUAAAGUUCACAGCUUUUUUUUAUUUAAAAACAAUUUUGCAAAGUGUUACCUAAAAUAUUGAAAUUAGGUUUUUUGGGUAAAAAUUGAUUAUUAUGAUGUUUUAUAAGAUUAAAAGGGUUUGUCAUGUUAAAACGCAUCAAAAAACGAGUUUUUGAUAAUUUUGUUACCUAAAAAUAUUUUUUGGAAAUUUUGAAGUUUCACUUUAAAAUUUUUAAAACGACUUUUUAAAACACUGAAAACUAAUUUAAAAUAAAAAGUCUUUACUUUUAGAGUUCAAAAUGUCAAAAAUCUUCAGCACGACCAAAGCGUGCUACAGAGUACGUUGAAGACUCAAAACCGGUCGAUUCAUUGAACGAAUGGGCGAUAUUGAUAGGAGAACAGACGAUAAUACCUAAACAUGUCUUUGAACUAUCAUGUAAACGUGUUCACCGUUACUGUUCCGACCGGUCGAUGAAGUUACAAGGCUUUCGAGGUCCUCCAGGCCCUACUGGAGGUCGUGGUCCUAUAGGACCACCUGGUCGACGUGGUCCCACUGGUUCUAUUGGUCCGCUUGGGUUGGUGGGAGAUGCUGGUGAAGUUGGACCACCUGGUCGUGAUGGUAAAUGUAAUUGCACCUUUCCUGAGCUCUACGUGCAGAGGAUUGCGGUACCAGGACCACCUAUAAUUCAAGUUCAAGAGAAGGUGGUACCAGUACCAGUGGUGGUUGUAAAUGAGGUCGAGGUGACAAAGCUUGUACCAUUUGAACCAACUCCGCCCGGGUUUGGCCCACCUGAAGAUUGGGAGCCGGGAAUGCCGAUGCCAGAUAAGUCUAACACUCGUAUUCUGGUGAAGCCGACCACACCGUCACCGUAUGGGCCGACAAGGAAGAAGUUGAUUGGACCGGGAAGGAAGCGGCCAAGGCCUACCAAGUAUCCUACGACUCCAACUGUAGAUGAAGGUAAAGCUUUAAAUAUAUUGUUAUAGUCUACUAUACAAUAUAACUAGUAGCUAUAGUCUACUAUAACAUAACUUGUAGGUAUCCAGCUACUGAAUGAAAGUAUGGCGUUGAAUGAGACAAUCUUUAACGAGACUUCUACUGAACCCACUCCAGAGACCUAUACUGGACUACCUACACUGGGCUAUAAUCGUCGAGGUAAUGUUUGCUUUUGGCAUAUGUUACAGUAAUCUGAAGGGAAGAAGUUACGGUAAUCUUAGAGACAGAACUUACAUUAAUUUAGGGGACAGAAGUUACUGUAAUCUAAAAAGCAGAAGUUUCAGUAAUACAGUAGGCAGUAGCUACAUUAAUCUAAGAGGCAGCAGUUACAGUAAUCUGAAGGGCAUAAUUUACAGUUAUGCGAGUGGCAGAAGUUACAUUAAUUUAAGACAGAGAAGUUAUAGUAAUUUAAAUAGCAAAAGUUACAGUAAUCGAAAAGACAAAAGUUGCAGUAAUCUGAGGGGCAGAAGUACAGCAAUCUAAGUGAGAGAAGUAACAGUACUCCAAGAGACAAAAGUUACAGUAAACUAACAUUUACAAAGUAAUUUAGAAUGUCGUUUGAACGCCGUAGGAAUCCCAGUACUACAUGCAGAAAGUCAGUACGGUAAGGUCGGCAGUUGGCAUCGUGAUGUGAAUCCAACGUCGCCACUGAUGGAGAAGAAGCGAUGGGUUACAGAUGAGUAUGCAUCGCCCGUAUUGUAUGAGUACGUCACUGAAGAAGAGUUGAUGAACAAGAAACAGAAAAUUAAGUAAGUAAAGAGUUAUUGUGUAGUAGUUUACGAUAUGUUAAUGUAUAGUAGCUGAUGGUAUGUUAUUGUGUAGUACUUGAUGAUAUGUUGCUGUAUAGUAGGUGAUGGUAUGUUAUUGUGUAGUACUUCAUGGUAUGUUACUGUGUAUUGGUGAUAUGUUAAUUUGUAGUGUUUGAUGGUAUGUUGCUGUGUAGUACUUGACGGUAUGUUACUGUAUGGUACGUGGUGAUAUGUUACUGUGUAAUACAUGACAAUAAGGUCGAAGAAAGGCCUUUAUAAACUUUUCAAACCAAAAAAGGUGUCAGUAAAACUUUAUUUUCUUCAUAUCAACAAAAAAUGUUGUUGUAGGUACUAUGUGGAUUAUAUGGCCGCAGGAACAGGUAAUAUGAUCUACAAUGGAUCAUAUUAUUAUCAUCGACAUGGAUCCGACUUUCUGGUCAGAUACAACUUGGAGAAUGCCGAACAGAUACAAAGUCGAGAGCUGGGCAAGAUCGCUUCAUUGGAUUGUGGCCGAAAGGUGGAUCACACGUUUGAGGUAGGUAAUGUUGUAUUGUAAGUUUCUGUUUUAUACUCCAGACGAUCUUUUGGUGAAGGUAACGUAAGGUAGGGAUGGGCCGUAAAGUCUAGGGUAAAGUAAGAUAAGGUAGGGAAUGGUACGGCGGGCAGGGUAAUUUAGGUCAGAGCAUCGUAAUGUAGGAUGGAGCAAGAUAUGUUUUAUUUGGGUUUAUAGGACGGGUUUUAGGGUAAAUUAAGGCAGGGUAUGGUAUGGCCGAGUCUGUUAUGGUACGAUGUAGCAAGGUAGAUUGGUAUAAGGUAGGGUAGGGUGGGGUAAGGUAGGGUAUGAUAGGGUAGGGUAGGGUAAGGCGGGGUAGGUAAGAUAAGAUAAGGUAAGGUAGGUUAGGAUAGGGUAGAGAAGAAGAAAUAUGGUAGGGUAGCGUAAUUUAUGGUAGGGCGGGAAUGGCCGGUUAGAGUAAUGUAAAAACCGUAAACUGUAUUAGGGUAGAUGAUGAUAGUAAUAAUGUUAAGGUAAAGUAGAGCAACAAAACCUAGGAAAGGUAGGGAAGAUUAUUUAAAAACUGGUAGGAAAACGUAAAAUACGACUUGUAUUGUUUUCUAUUUUGAAAUUACAACUUCUUCAAGAUGUGCAAUGAAACUGACCGUGAUUUUUGGUUGUACGAUCGUCCCCACAAUUAUAUUGACUACGCGGCCGAUGAGAAUGGACUAUGGGUAUUGUAUAUGCGACCAGACAAUGCGCAUUUGGUGGUCAGCAAAAUUGAACCGGUAAGAUGGUUUUCAUCACUACAUGAAUAUAUACAGUGUUAUAAUGAGGUAUAUACUGCUUCUAUCUUGAUGUUUUUGCUUGUAUUUCCUGAAUCUUGAUGUUUCUAGGACUUUUACGUAGUCCAAACCUGGGAAUUGGAUGUGAAUGGCACUGAACUGGCCGAUGCUUUCAUCAUGUGUGGUGUUCUAUAUGGACUGGAGAGCUCGGAAGACAGAGAUACAUUCAUAUCAUACGCUUUUGAUCUUUAUGCGUAGGUUUUUUUGGAUUUUUUAGUUUUAAGGAAGUUAGGGUAUGGUAAUGAUAAGGUAAAAAUUUGUUAAAGAGCAUGAUAGGGUAUGGGGAUAUAAAGUAGGGUAAGGUAGGUACGGUAAGAUAAGGUAGGGGGAUAUGAAGUAUGGUAGGGUAGGGUAGGGUAGGGUAGGGUAGGGUAGGGUAGGGUAGGGUAGGGUAGGGUAGGGUAGGGUAGGGUAGGGUAGGGUAGGGUAGGGUAGGGUACGGUAGGGUAGGGUAGGGUAGGGAAGGGUAGGGUAGGGUAGGGUAGGGUAGGGUAGGGAAGGGUAGGGUAGGGUAAGGUAAGGUAUAUUAAAAUAAGAUAGGGGAGGGUACGAUAGGGUAGGAUAAUUUCGCCUCACCAGAAGCAAUCAUUUUUUAUUUACAGUAACCAAACUCUGGACGUAGACAUACCAUGGUAUAACCCAUACCGUGGUCUGACUAUGUUACACUACAAUCCAAUUGAUGGUAGAUUGUAUUUCUUCGAUUCCGGCAAGUUACUGAGUGUAAAUGUUCGUAUCGAAGCCGCAGAAUACGAUGAAGAAGAUAUUGUAGUAGAGGAUGAGUAA